AUGAUAGCAGUACUGCUGACUGUGUUGCUGGCUUGGCUUCAAACGGUGCUGGUUUUCGCGUGAGAGCUCUGCUUGAUGCUUGACAAGAUAAAUAUGAAUCAGACUAUUGCUGCUGCCAUAUAUCAUAGAAAAAAAGUAAUUGCAUUAUUUUCAUUAUUAAUUGUCGAAAAACGGCGACGAAACAAACAUCACCAACGUAUAUGGAGUCGACAGUGGCUACAAAGACGAAAUGUGUGUAAUAAUGUGCUAACCAUGUUAUUUGAAGAAUUAGGACCUGAAGAUCCAAAAUCAUUUCAAAAUUACACUCGAAUGCAGGAAGAGGUUAUGGAGGAACUAUUAAUUCUUGUUCGUCCAUAUAUUGAAAAGAAAGAUACUGUAAUGAGAGAAGCAAUUUCUCCUCGGAUGAGAUUGAGUGUAACCCUACGAUAUCUCGCAACUGGCAAUUCAUUUCAAGAUCUCGCUUUUUCCACAAGAAUUGCCCCAAAUACUCUAUCGCAAAUUAUACCAGAAACAUUACAGGCUAUCAUUGCAGUGCUAGAAGAAAAAGUGAUAUCAUUUCCAUGCAAGCCUGAUGAUUGGGAAAUCGUUGCUAAUAAAUUUCAAAUGAUGUGGCAGUUUCCUCAUUGUAUUGGUGCUUUGGAUGGAAAACAUAUCUCCUUUCGUCCUCCACGCUGUGAAGGGUCUAAAUAUCGUAACUAUAAAGGAACAGAUAGUAUUAUUCUUUUAGCCUUGGUAGAUGCAGAUUAUAAAUUUAUCUUUGUAGACAUUGGUAAAAAUGGUCGCAUUCAUGACUCAACAGUGUUUCGUGAAAGUCCGUUAGGAAAAAAAUUAAAAGAAAACGCUCUUAAUUUGCCACAACCGAAUAUUCUACCUGGUUUUAAUUUUAAAAUGCCAUAUGUAAUUGUAGGAGAUGAUGCUUUUGCCUUACAUAUUAAUUUAAUGAAACCGUACCCAGAACGUAACUUGACUCGAGAGAAUCGAAUAUUUAAUUACAGAUUGAGCAGGGCACGAAGAACUGCUGAAAAUGCAUUUGGUAUUCUUGCUAAUAAAUUUAGAGUUCUCUUAAAUCCUAUACCACUUGCUGUAGAAAAAGUAGAGAUCAUAACGUAUGCGUGUGUCCUCCUUCAUAAUUUUCUUUUGAAUAAAAAAGUACAAAAUUUUAUUCCUUCUGCAUAUAGAACUGAAAAUUCACGAUAUUUAGAAACACCUGAGUCAGGGUUACGAAGUGUGGGCCAACAAGGCGGAAAUCAUUCGUCUGUCGCAGCUGGAGAAAUAAGAGAUAUGUUUUCCACAUACUUUAAUACUACUGGUGCUGUCUCAUGGCAGUAUACUGCUGUGGAGAGAGGAAACUGUUAA